GAGGCCAGGACUAGCGUUCCCCAUCCCAUUCCUUCGGAGGCAACUUCCAGCCCAGAGACCAUGUCUGACACACAGCUCGCCGGGGGCCAGCAGUGGGGCCUUUGGGGGCUGCUUCUGUGCAUGCUAUGUGCCUGGUGCCUGGGAGCGCCCUCUCCAUCUCCAAGCCCCGAAUCGAGCACUGGUAGCAAGCUUCGUUUCCGCCUAGCUGGUUUCCCUAGGAAGCACUAUGAGGGCCGUGUGGAAAUACAGCGGGCCGGCGAGUGGGGUACCAUCUGUGACGAUGACUUCACGCUGCAAGCAGCUCAUGUUCUGUGCCGGGAGCUGGGCUUUACGGAAGCCACAGGAUGGGCCCACAGUGCCAAAUAUGGUGCAGGCACAGGCCGAAUCUGGCUGGACAACCUGAACUGCAGAGGGACGGAGCGGAGCAUCACCGAGUGUGCCUCUCGGGGCUGGGGCAACAGUGACUGCACCCACGAUGAGGAUGCUGGUGUGAUAUGCAAGGACCAGCGCCUUCCCGGCUUCUCCGAUUCCAACAUCAUAGAGGUGGAGGAGCAGCAUCUGCAGGUGGAAGAGGUUCGUCUGAAGUCAGCUGUGGGUGGGGGCCGGCGGCCCCUGCCCGUUACGGAGGGGCUGGUGGAGGUCCGGCUCCCUGGGGGGUGGGCCCAGGUGUGUGACCGCGGAUGGAGCGCCCAUAACAGCCGAGUGAUCUGUGGCAUGCUGGGCUUCCCCAGCGAGCGGAGGGUGAAUACUGCCUUCUACAGACGUUUGAGGAAACGGGCAGCCAAGGCCUCUGCCCGACGCCGUGGGUCUCGUAGCAGGUAACAGGGUAGGAGGAGGCCAGUCACCAAGCUUAAAGCCAAACACAAACCCCGUGCAGGCCAGGGGCCCAAAAAGAGGCUGCUGGCCCAACGCCAACAUCACUCAUUUGGCCUGCAUGGAGUGGCAUGUCUGGGCACUGAGGCUCACCUCUCCCUCUGCCCCCUGGAAUUCUAUCAUGGCAAUGACACUGCCCGGUGCCCAGGUGGGGCACCCGCCGUGGUGAGCUGUGUGCCAGGCUCUCUUUAUGCCACACCUAGUGGCCAGAGAAAGAAGCAAUCAUCGACGAAACCUCGGGGAGAGCCCCGUCUUCGUCUGAAAGGCGGAGCACGGCCGGGUGAGGGCCGGGUAGAGGUCUUGAAGGGCGGUGAGUGGGGCACAGUCUGUGACCACAAAUGGGACCUCCAGUCAGCCAGUGUUCUGUGCCGGGAAUUGGGCUUUGGGAGUGCCCGCGAGGCCCUGAGCGGUGCCCGAAUGGGACAGGGUAUGGGCCCCAUCCACCUGAGUGAGGUGCGCUGCUUAGGUCGGGAAGCCUCCCUCUGGAGCUGCCCCUACAAGAACAUCACUGCUGAGGACUGUUCCCAUGCCCAGGAUGCCGCUGUCCGCUGCAAUCUGCCUUACACUGGGGUUGAGACCAUGAUCCGGCUAAGUGGAGGCCGCAGCCGUUAUGAGGGACGAGUGGAGGUGCAGGUAGGGGGGCCUGGGUCCCCCCGCUGGGGCCUUAUCUGUGGAGAUGACUGGGGAACACUGGAAGCCAUGGUGGCCUGUCGGCAACUUGGUCUGGGCUACGCCAACCAUGGCCUACAGGAGACAUGGUACUGGGACUCAGGAAAUGUCACUGAAGUGGUACUGAGUGGAGUUCGCUGCACAGGCUCUGAGCUAUCCCUAGGAGAAUGUGCCCACCAUGGCACCCAUGUUGCCUGCAAGAGGACAGGCACACGCUUUACUGCUGGCGUCAUCUGUUCUGAGACUGCAUCAGAUUUGAUACUACACUCAGCACUGGUGCAGGAGACUGCUUACAUCGAGGACCGACCACUACACAUGCUGUACUGCGCAGCAGAGGAGAACUGUCUGGCUCGCUCUGCCCGGUCAGCCAACUGGCCCUAUGGCCACCGGCGAUUACUCCGCUUCUCCUCCCAGAUCCAUAACCUUGGCCGAGCUGACUUCAGGCCCAAGGCUGGGCGACACUCCUGGGUGUGGCAUGAAUGCCAUGGGCACUACCACAGCAUGGACAUCUUUACUCACUAUGACAUCCUGACGCCCAAUGGAACCAAGGUGGCUGAAGGUCACAAAGCCAGUUUCUGUCUGGAGGACACUGAAUGUCAAGAGGACGUCUCCAAGCGAUAUGAGUGUGCCAACUUUGGGGAACAGGGCAUCACCGUGGGCUGCUGGGAUCUUUACCGACAUGACAUUGACUGCCAGUGGAUUGACAUCACAGAUGUGAAACCAGGAAACUAUAUCCUGCAGGUGGUCAUUAACCCCAACUACGAAGUGGCUGAGAGUGACUUCACCAACAACGCAAUGAAAUGUAACUGCAAAUAUGACGGCCACCGCAUCUGGGUGCACAACUGCCACAUUGGCGAUGCUUUCAGUGAAGAGGCUAACAGGAGAUUUGAACGCUACCCCGGCCAGGCCAAUAACCAAAUCAUCUAAGGCUCCUGGUUCAUCUGCUACCAGGCUGCCAGGACCUCCCCCCAGCCUCAGGGCACUACUAAAGCCAGACUGGGCUUCAGCCAGUUUGAUGCAUGGACUGGGAAGGAUUCCCCAUCCUUCCACAACUGGGUUGGAGAAGAAGAAGCAGCUCCCCACCACACACAGCGAUGUCCUGGGGACACAGUCAAUACCUUCAUCGAAUCUUUUGGUUUUGUGGAGGAAUCCAGCCCACUCCCCUCACUCUUGGCUACAUGUCACUAGUUAAAGUUUUAUUUUAUUUUAAUUUUA